CAACUUCUUUUUAUAUUCUCGAUCUGAUAUGUUUUUCGGAUCUUUCAGAUUCAGUGGGGUAAAUCUCACCUUUACAGUGUUUAUGGCAUCAGAUUGGAUCAUAUGAUCGAGAAAUGGUGACUGAUUGCUGAAAUGCAAUUUUAUGUUUAAAACAGUGGCAAGCUGUCGUCUUUCCUCUUACAUUGACUUCCUUAAUGUACGCUGGCACCUUGAUCCUCAAGCUGUUAUUGUUGCUAGACUCUGGCCAAGAAGAUCGGGAAAAUGGAAGAAGCUUGUCACUUGACAGUAUUAAAAAUGUUGUUUGUGAAUUUAUUGAAUCGACCUUUUCACUGGCUUCUGAUAUUUCAGCAUGGCGUAAUUAUCUUGUGGCCCCACUUACAGAAGAGCUGGUUUUUAGAGCUUGUAUGAUACCUUUGCUUCUUUGUGGAGGAUUCAGCACCUAUACAGUGGUGUUUCUUUGUCCUAUAUUUUUCAGUUUAGCUCAUUUAAAUCAUUUGUUAGAAUAUGCUCAACGAAGUGGCAGCUGGCCCAAAGCUUUUGCGGUUGUAGGCUUCCAGCUCGGCUACACGGUCAUCUUUGGAUCAUAUGCUUCUUUUCUCUUUGUUCGAACAGGACAUCUUACCGCUCCACUAGUUGCUCAUAUUUUUUGCAACUAUUUGGGCAUACCUAUAAUAAUUUCGCGGAGGACAGGGAUGGUAACAGUGGCAUCUGUAGCUGGGUUGCUAGGUUUCAUCUGGCUUCUUUUUCCACUCACCAGUCCUCAUUUGUACAAUGCCAGAACAGAUAAUUGCAUGUGUUGGCAUAGAUAUUGUAGUUGGAGCUAAUUUUCUGACUUCCCAGAAAAUCGUCGAGAGUAAAAAAUAACUCAAAUAAUAUGGAAAUUUCUGUUCCUUUUUCCAUUGUAUUGGUGAAGCGAGGCCUUGAAGCAACAAUAAGUUAGCUCAAUGUGACAUAUAUAGGUCAUGGAUUCAAGCCUUGGAAUUGGCCACUAACCUCGUGUUAGGGUAGGCUGCAUACGUCACACCCUUUGGGGUGAGUCCUUCCCUGUACUCUACGUGAACGUGAGACGCUUCAUGCUUCGGGCGGCCUUUUUCUUUCCCAUUCUAUUUGUAUUUAAUUUUUCCUUUUUCUUUUAACCCUUUAUUUAGCAAUCAUUGUCACGUAUUCUGAAAAAUCUGAAGGGAACUUUAUCAUGAGUUUACUAUUGAAACA